GACCGCCCUCGUCCCCUGCCGGAGCGUGGCGGCCCCCGGGGCCUCGGUGUCCGAGGUGGGAGAGGGAGGGCCAGCCUGGCUGGCCGCCGGGGCCGUAUUUGCCCUAAGGUUACCUCGAUCCCCAGUUAUUGUUUCUUUGUUCGUUUGUUGUUUAUUAUGUACAAUCAUGACACAGUAUCCUGAAACCGCUGAAGGCUGUGUUCCCGUGGAAGGUCUGGGACAAGUUUAAGAAGAGAGAGAACCUAAAUUGGUAAUAAAUCAAUAAGAAACAAAUGUUUACAUUCACUCAGUGAAAAGUAUCAUGUCUAAGCUCAACAUAUGUCGGAGCCACCCAUGGACACCUCUCGCUUCUCCACUAAAAGCAGAAAAUGAACAAAUCUCAGGAACAAGUGUCAUUCAAGGAUAUAUGUGUGGACUUCACCCAGGAAGAAUGGUAUCUGCUGGACCCUGCUCAGAAGGUUCUGUACAGAGAUGUGAUCCUAGAAAAUUACAGCAACCUUGUCUCCAUAGGUUAUUGUAUUACUAAGCCAGAGGUGAUCCUCAAGAUAGAACAAGGAGAAGAGCCCUGGAUAUUGGACAAGAGAUCCCAAAGACAAUGUCAUCCAGAGAGGAAAUGGAAAACUGGUGACCGACUAGAGAACAGCCAGGAAAAUCAAGAUGACCAUUUUUGGCAGCUUGUAUUCACCAAUAAUAAAGCAGUAAGUGUAGAAAAUGGUAAUAGACUAAGGAAAACUUUCAGUUUGAGCACAGACCCUGCUUCCUCAAGAAACUUAGCCUAUAAAAUAUGUGACUCAUGUGAAAUGAAUUUGAAAAACGUUUCAGGCUUAAUUAUUAGUAGAAAGAACUGUUCCAGAAAGAAGCCAGGUGAAAUUAAUGUAUGUGAGAAAUUGCUCCUUGAUAUUACACAUGAGAAAAUUCCUGUUGGAGAGAAAUCUUGUAAAUAUAAUCAAAAAAGGAAUAUCCUCAAUAAUCAUCAAGAUCUUACUCAGCCAGUUUUUGAUCAACCUUUUGAAUAUAAUGAGGAGGCAACCUUUUUUACAAAUAAGAGAUCUCACAUAGGAAACACUCUCUGUAAAUAUAAUGAAUGUGAAAGAACCUUGAUUGAAAACUUAAAGCUCAAUGUAUCUCAAAGCACUCAUUUGGAAUUGGAGUCUUGUGAAUGCAGUAUUUGUGGGAAGUCCUUUUAUAUGGAUUUAAGAUUUGGCUAUCAAAGAACUCUUACAGAAGACAAUCCUUAUGAAUAUAGUGGAUAUGGGAACAUCUUCUGUGACAAUUCAACUUUUAUAAUCCAUCAGGGAGCUUACACAAGAAAAAUUCCCCAUGAAUAUAAGGUGAAUGACAAAACUUGGGAGAAGUCAACCCUCUUUAAACAUCAGAUAGUACACAUGGUACAAAAACCAUAUGAGUACAGUGGAAAUGGAAAUAAUUUUAGGAAGAAAUCACAUCUUACCCAACUUCGAAGAGGUCACUCAGGAGAAAAAACCUUCGAAUGUGGUGAAUGUGGGAAAACCUUCUGGGAGAAGUCAAACCUUACUCAACAUCAGAGAACACACACAGGAGAGAAGCCCUAUGAAUGUACUGAAUGCGGGAAAGCUUUUUGCCAGAAACCACACCUUACCAAUCAUCAGCGAACACAUACAGGAGAAAAACCCUAUGAAUGUAAGCAAUGUGGAAAAACGUUCUGUGUGAAGUCAAACCUCACAGAACAUCAGAGAACACACACAGGGGAGAAACCCUAUGAAUGUAAUGCAUGUGGAAAAUCCUUCUGUCACAGGUCAGCCCUAACUGUACAUCAGAGAACACACACAGGGGAGAAACCUUUUAUAUGUAACGAAUGUGGAAAAUCUUUCUGUGUGAAAUCAAACCUCAUAGUACAUCAGAGAACUCACACAGGGGAGAAACCUUAUAAAUGUAAUGAAUGUGGGAAAACCUUUUGUGAAAAAUCGGCUCUUACUAAACAUCAGAGAACUCACACGGGGGAGAAACCAUAUGAGUGUAACGCAUGUGGAAAGACCUUUAGUCAGAGGUCCGUGCUCACUAAACAUCAGAGAAUACACACAAGGGUGAAAGCUCUUUCAACAUCUUGAAUGUCCCGAAGCCUUUGUAUACUUGUCAAAUUUGUUAUACAACUCAAAGAAAAAAAAGAAAUUAGAGAAAGCCAAAGAAUGCCACAGUUAGAAAACGCUAUCUUAUUUGAAUAUGUAAACACUUUUAAGAAAAUUUAAACUUUUUGUAAGAAAACUUACAGAGAGGAAAAUCACUUAAGCAAUGUAAAAAUCUUUACCUAGGACUUAUCUAAAUGUAAUACCAAAAUUUUAUUGUAAAUAUAACAGACAGUAUUUAUGCCCAUAUUCACAGUGGGAUCUAAAGCUUAAAAAAUGUCGAAUGAUAACAGUUAAUCAUUUAAGUGAAGAGCUCCUGAUGUUUGUAAACCUUACGUGAGAAUGUUAAUGUAACCAAACUUUGUAUGUUGAAGCCCAAUGUGGUUGUGAGGAGAAAAUAGGAAAUUUUAGUUUAAUAACUAUUAUGGUAUAUGUUAAUAUUUUCCACACUACAUGCCACUAGUGUCUUUUAAGGUUGAUAUUGACUAUGUAUGUACAUAUGUAUGUAUAUAUAUUGUCUAUAUGUAAAUAUAUUCAUACACACAUACUUACACAUAGCAAUAUGCUAGCAUCACCUCAUUCUGACUUAAAAGUGGUGCCAGUUGUGAGAUAUUUACACAUUUUAUAUGCCAGUUAAAUGUCAUUAUUUAACAUACACUUAAAAUUGAAUUAUAUUAAGAACAAAGGUAGUAAAUACUCAGUACUUACCACUUCCUAGUUAUUUUGCUAUGUUUCACUAUUAUCUUUGUUUUGGUUACUUACGUUAUUAAAUCUAUAUGUUGAAAAUGGCAUGCUACUUCACAUCUCUUCCCAACUCUACAUUCAGCGACAUCAUACUGGUAUCUUGGAUUUAGUGUAAGGAGUAUUUAUACCAUGGGAAUUGGCAAAUUCUACAAAUCGGGGUUCUUAUUUUCUCUCAGAACCUGUUGUCAAAUAUUUACCUGCACACCACUGUGUGUAUAUAUGGAAAUGUAUCUGAAAGAUUUAAAGUGCAACCUACAUACCCCUUUUUUAUUUCCUUACAUAAAUAAAUUGCUGUUGUUAUUAUUGCCAAACUACCUGUUCAGUAAAGCAGCCAACAAAUAUUUUUGUGAGGUUUUUAGCCUCUGAAUCAGUUCUAUUCUAAAUAUUACCAGAGUCUAUAACUUGACCAUUAUAUGUUUUGAGUGAGAUACUAUUUUACAAAGAGCCAUAUCGCUUACUUUUCCUCUGUUCCUUGGUAUAUUUGAAUAUGGCCAUUAUCACCAAACUGCUGCUUCAAUAAAGAUGUCAAACAGUAUUUUUCUGAAUUUUUUCAGCUACCUCUGGAUCAGUCAGUAAUGUAAAUGCUGUUAAUAGGGAUGAUAUUUACAUAAAUUAUGCAGAGAUUAACAUCAGUUAUAAAUAAUAGUACUCCCCGUACAAGACAAAUAAAAAGUGGUGAUAUUGUAAUGAUAUUACCCUUUCAUACUCUUGGUAUUCUAUUGUGGUAUCUAGUUAGGCGUGAUUAUGUAACGGUCAUUCUGUGUAAGCCAGAAACUGUGUUUGUAUUUAGUAUUGUAGAGUGUCAUAUAGUGUUGUUUGUUUUGUCCUAUUCCUAUGCUUCCUUGGAACACAUUGGUAAGCAGUUCUAAGAGGCAUUUCCCACCCAGGAUAUUACCUACUUCUUUCUUACAGAGCUAAGUUUUAUCGCUUUGGCAAUCUAGAUGAUUUAGGAGUACAUUCACAGUAAUGAAAGCUAAUCAUGAAAAUUCCAUUCUAAUGCUCUUAUUGGAGAAAGCAUGUAAACAAUGAGAUAUUGGGGAAAUAUUUUACACUAUUUCAGGGAAAGAUCUCCAUAUUAUCGUGAUAUGAGAAGAUGUGAGAGACAGAAGAGAUUGUCCCCCUUCUGCUGGACUUUUUCAUGUCUGUAUGUUAUAUGGCUUAUAGUUUUUAGCCUUGGAAUUUGUAGCCUGAAGAUAACUGUACAAGGUGUGAAAAAGCAGCUCGGAGGUGACUGCCCUGAGUCGCUCAAUUCUCUUUACACUCUAUUGGGACUGUGCAUUACCUGUUGUAACAGUUGAAAGCAUCCUAGCCAAUACACAGGAACACGUUUCUAAGUGUUAAUGUUCUCUUUACAGGGAUGGUUGUUUGUAUCAGCCAUGGUUCUCUGUGGAGGAAAUACAGAAUUCUCCAACUAAAAAGAUGUUAAUGACAGACUUAUUAAAAUAAUGUGGCCCUGAAAUGAGAGCUACUGAAAUCUAAAGACUAGCAUUAGCAGGAAGCUAUUAUCAUUGUGAGGCUUCAGGGGCAAGACAGAAACACCAGAACCCUGUGUGAGCUAUUGUGGCCACCUCGUAGGAGAUGCUAUUGGUACCAGAAUUGUGGCACCAAGUUGCUGGUACCUCCCUUUGGAGAACCCAACCGGAUGCAUCAAGCAGGACAGCCCAGGUAGACAGAGAAAGGGGCAGAGAAAAUGGAGAAUACGCAGCACAGUGUUUCUUAUUUCUGUAAAAGGCUCAGCCUUAGGACUAAAAUUAUUCUGUUUGAAAGUUACAUGUUUUUUCUUCAUUGUGCUUUCAUAUAAGCAUAAGUAAAUUCCCUUUGGAACCAAGCACUGUGGCAUGUGAGAAGCACUUUUACAUGUGAGAAGCAGAUGUUUAAAUUGCAUUAUUCAUACAUCUCUCUGUGGUGUUCCUUGUUAUGUGUGGUGUGAGAUAAGCAGCUCUGUAUAAUUCCAGAUAGCCAGUUGUCCUUGUACUGUUUGAUUAAUUCAUCCUUUUUCUUGUGAAUUUUUAUCAUUUACUUUGAUAUAAUGUGUUAUAACUACUGUUUUUGUCUGUUCAGUGCAACUUUUCUACAUUCUUCCAGUAAUAGAACCUAUUAUUACAAUCACAGUGAGUGAUGGAAUUUAUUGUACAUGUGCCAUCUCUUCCUGUUUUCAUAUUUGUAUUGAUCCAGGAAUGGUCAUUUUCCAGUAUAAGAACUCACCCCGUAUUUUUAUUGGCUGGUCACCAUAGACGAGAUAAUUUGUGUCUUCAUUGUUGUCAGCAGCC